AUGAGAUUGUUGAAGAAUAAGAAAGGAAGAAAGAAGGAGGAAGAUCUUAAAUGGAAUGGAAAACUAUGUUAUUUGCCAGCAAGCCAAGCAUUUGGAUUGAGUAUUGCAACAUUGGUUAGUCUAUUUUUUGCACAUAUCAUUGGGAAUUAUGUAUUAGUAAAGGUUCUGUUUUUCAUAUCUUGGCUUAGCUUUGGAAUUGUAGUGAUUGCUGCAACAAGCAUGAGUAGAAAGCAGCUUUAUGGGAAAGGAUGGUUGAAUGGUGAAUGCUACAUAGUCAAAGGAGGAACUUAUUCUGGCUCAGCUAUAUUGAUCCUUGUUACAAUUUGUACUCUAAAUGGUUCGGCUUUCUCAAAAUUAAAAUCCAGCCAAGCACAUCAAGAUCAAAAAAUACACACACAAAGUGGGUGA